AUGGCAUCGACGUCAACGCCGCCGCGGGCACAGGAAGCGGGGAUGGAUACGGGUAGUCCUGGUUCAUCGACGGAGGAUUCGCGGGAGACGUCGCUCUCGCUCAGCGAUAUAUCACCCGGCCAUGAGUUCAUCAUGCUCCCGCCCCGCACCACCAGUAUCAUAGGCCCUCCCGUCCCUUCCAAGGAGCGGCCUCCACCGCCGCCAAAGCCAUACACGCACGGAAAGUCGUCAAGCACGCUCGGACUGCCCAACUCAGACGCCGACUCGCAGCCACCAGCGUUCGAUCCGGUCGCGCUCUACAAUGACUCGGCGGCUGUCGCCCUCCCCAGUCUGCAGUCGCCUCGGCAGUACAUCCCCUCCCCGCUCAACCCCAAUGGUUCUUCCUCAUUAUCGAUGGCGCCGCCGCCGCCUUAUGGCCCUUCGUCAUCGACGCCGCCCAAAAAUAGGGGCCAUAGACUCAUGACGUCACGCUCGCAACUCAUGUUCACGCGCAUCGCCUCCGAAGAAUCUCAAGUCCUCGCCUCGGCCGCCGCCCAGCGCAGCUACGAAAAGAACGAAAAAGUUGAAGUCCAACAAGACGAGGGCAGGCAGGGCGAAAGCCCUCCAACUCGCCGCGCGAGCAGUCCUAUGAUCCUAUACAAGCUUGCCUCAGCCAACCGCGGCAAGCCGCUCACGGCUCCGCACAUCCUCGGCGCGCGCAACCCGCGCUCGUCGAUGGCAUCCACGCCCUCGUCCAGCUCGCUCUCCUACUCCGCCACCGCGAGCACGCUGGCGCCCGUCAUCCCCUCGCUCUCGUACUCGCACUCCCUCGCGCACUCCCGCUCGCAGUCGCAGUCGGGCUCGCUCACCGCGUCCGUCUCCCUGCCCCUCUCGUCCGACUCCAAAUACCCGUUCGGCUCGCUGCCGUCGCGCACGUUCCCGCACCCGCGGCGGUUCGUGCCGUACCUGUACGAUCCCGCGCUGGACGACGACAGCGCGACCGCGCCGGACGACGACGACGGCGUCGACCGCGCCGCGGCCGGAGGCCGACUUGGUGUGUCCGCGAGAGGGCUGUUCAAUGUCGGGUUUUUGCUCGUGCUCAUCACGGGCUUGCUGUUCCUGUUUAUCUUUUAUCCGGUCAUUACGCAUUUCCGGGCGGUGGCGAGGACGCAGAAGGUGAUUGCGAAUUAUAAGUUUAAUGCGAGCGGGCAGGCGCAGAUUCUGUUUGCUCAAGACUUUCGGAUUCCUGAUGUGAACGAUACGUUGCCAGUAGCAGGCGGCGAUAAUCCCCCCGGAGAAAGCUAG